AUGAAUGCACAGUCGUCAGCAGCCCAAUUGAAAAUAGCGGGCAUAGAUGUUCAGCUAAUAAGAACUUUUCUCAAGGUAGUUAUAUUGAUCUCAAUAGCUGGUGCCGCUAUAUCAUCACGUUUAUUCUCAGUGAUCCGUUUUGAAUCGAUUAUCCAUGAGUUCGAUCCAUGGUUUAAUUUUAGAGCUACUAAGUACCUUGUGACACACUCGUUUUACGAGUUUCUCAACUGGUUUGACGAUAGAACUUGGUACCCCUUGGGGCGUGUUACUGGUGGUACUUUAUACCCUGGAUUGAUGGUUACUUCAGGUGCAAUAUGGCACAUUUUGAAAGACUGGUUCAAAUUGCCUGUUGAUAUUAGGAAUAUCUGUGUUAUGUUGGCUCCAGUAUUUAGUGGACUCACCGCUAUCUGUACUUACUUUCUCACUAAGGAAAUGAAGGAUUCUAAUGCAGGGUUGUUAGCCGCUAUAUUUAUGGGCAUUGCUCCUGGCUAUAUAUCAAGGUCGGUUGCUGGAUCUUAUGAUAACGAAGCAAUUGCCAUUACCUUGCUUAUGGCCACUUUCUACUUUUGGAUCAAGGCGAUGAAAUUGGGUUCUGUUUUUUUUGCUACUUUAACUGCUAUUUUUUAUUUUUACAUGGUUAGUGCUUGGGGUGGCUAUGUUUUCAUUACCAACUUGGUUCCAUUACAUGUUUUUGUAUUGUUGUUAAUGGGCAGAUACAGUCCCAAGUUAUAUACUGCUUAUACAACAUGGUAUGCAUUGGGGACUUUGGCUAGUAUGCAAAUUCCGUUUGUUGGAUUUUUGCCAAUCAGAUCAAACGAUCAUAUGGCCGCUUUAGGGGUUUUUGGAUUAUUGCAGUUAGUUGCGUUUGGGGACUAUGUCAAAUCCAAAGUUCCUUCAAAGCAGUUCAAAUCCUUUUUGAUUGUGUCUUUGGCUUUGGUGUUUGUAUUGGGCGUUGGUGCAUUAUUUGGAUUAACUGCAAUGGGGUUGAUUGCUCCGUGGACAGGUAGGUUUUAUUCAUUAUGGGAUACAAGUUAUGCCAAGAUCCACAUACCUAUUAUUGCCUCGGUUUCAGAACAUCAGCCUACGGCUUGGCCAGCUUUCUUCUUUGACACUUCGAUAUUGAUUUGGUUAUUCCCAGCAGGUGUUUAUUUGUGUUUCCAAGAAUUGAGAGAUGAACAUGUGUUUGUUAUCAUUUACAGUGUUUUGUGUUCAUACUUUGCUGGCGUUAUGGUUCGUUUAAUGUUAACCUUAACUCCAGUCAUUUGUAUUGCUGGUGCCCUUGCCUUAUCCAAACUAUUUGACAUUUAUUUGAAUGUAGUUGACAUCUUUACUGGGAAAACAAGUGGCAAGUCGAAAACAAGAUCAAAUACUACAGCUACUAGAUUACCUAUUGCUCAGUUGAUUUCAAAAGUUGUUGUAUUGUUGUCGUUUGCAUUUUACUUGUUUUACUUUGUUUUGCAUUGUACUUGGGUAACUUCAAAUGCAUAUUCAUCGCCUUCGGUCGUUCUCGCUUCGAGAAACCCAGACGGUUCACAGCAUAUCAUUGACGACUAUAGAGAAGCUUAUUACUGGUUGAGAAUGAACACACCGGAAGAUGCCAAAGUAAUGGCUUGGUGGGAUUAUGGAUACCAGAUAGGAGGUAUUGCUGAUAGAACUACACUUGUUGAUAACAACACUUGGAACAAUACACAUAUUGCCACCGUUGGUAAAGCAAUGGCAUCCUCAGAAGAGGUUUCCUAUGAAAUAUUGAAGCAACACGAUGUUGAUUACGUGCUUGUGAUUUUCGGAGGAUUCUUGGGUUAUUCUGGAGACGAUAUUAACAAGUUUUUGUGGAUGGUUAGAAUUGCUGAAGGUAUCUGGCCCGAUGAAAUUAGGGAACGAGACUACUUUACAGAACGAGGCGAAUACAAAAUGGAUAAGGAUGCAUCUAAAGCAAUGAAGAAUUCAUUAAUGUACAAAAUGUCGUAUUAUAGAUUUGCUGAAAUGUUUGGUGGUAGAGAUGGUAUAGAUAGAGUGAGAAAUCAGCAAAUUCCUGCAAAUGACCCUCCACAACUAAGCGUUGUUGAAGAAGUAUUUACAUCAGAAAAUUGGAUGGUUCGUAUUUAUAAAGUAAAGGACUUGGAUAACGUUGGUCGUACUUUAGAUCAAGCUUCAAAAUUUGCUUCAAAGACAAAGAAGAAUAGAUCAAUAACUAGACCAAAUCUACCAGUAAGGGAAUAG